GUUCCCAUAUUUAGCAGAAAAAUAUCAUCCCAUUAUGAAUUCCUUUCCUUCAUUAGAUAAUCCAAGAACCAACAAGUUUAUUCAUAGCAACAACAUAGCUAUCACACUAUAAAUAUUGUUAAAUCCUGUUAUGUUCAUCACAUAGCUAUAACUCUUCUGAUCAAAAUCCCAAACAAAAAAGAAGCGAAAUCAUGGGGAGGAAGAAAGUGAAGUGUGAAUUGAUUAGUGAUGAAUCUUCUCGAAAGACAACGUUCAAGAAGAGGAAAGCUGGCUUGCUGAAGAAACUGCAAGAGAUCACCACGCUCUGUGGAGUCAUUGCUUGUGGGAUCAUCUUUAGCAAUUUCAGUACCAAGGGGAGAUCACAACAGCCCAAUCAACAGCAAGAAGUCUGGCCUUCGGUUCCUGAGGCAACCGCGGUGGUCGAGAAGUUCAAGGAUCUGCCCGAGAAGAAGCAGAAGAAGUACAUGCUGAACCAGGAGUCGUUGCUGAGCGCGAGCUCGUCAAAGAUGAAGGAGAAAUUGGAGGCGCAGGUGGAGAAGAACCGGAGGCUCGAGCUGGAUCUGCUGUUGGCAGAUCCGGUGGCGGCCUACCAUCACGACGUCCUCCUGCCUGACAGUGGUGGCAGUGAGGAUUUUGUGAAUCAUGCCGCGAAAUUGGAUGGUAUGCGUGAGAUUGUGAGCAACAAGGUUGAUCAAAUUACUGAGCGAAUCGAGCAUAUUAAGAGCAAGGGCAAGAGGAUGAGAACUCGUUAUUCGUGAUUUUUUCUCUCUCUCGUAUCUCAUGACAAAGUAUCGAUCAUAUGGUUUGUGAGGAUUGUGUAGCAAUGCAACAGAAAUGAAUAAAUGAAAUUGAGUCUGUUUGUUGCUUUUUUUCCCCCUAAAAAUCCUUUUACCGUUCUGUGUUAUUUGUGUGUGCUAUAUUCAAUCGUAUUUGCUGCACAAAUUAUAACAGUGGUGUUUGUGUACAUCUUCCAGACAUACAACUUAUCGCACAACGGCUCUUUCUACUUUUGACAUAGAGUUGCAAGAUUAUUAUUUUUGGUUAUAAGUCCGCGCUUUAAACUUUUCUUGCUUAUCAAUAGAGCGUAUCAGAUUCAUUUUUUUUUAAAUAUUUAUGAGCGAAAACUCGAUAAGAUAGCAUUUAUGCAUUACUGUAAAAGUCAUAUUCAUUAAUGCGCUUUUUAAAGAGAUGUGUCUGUAUUCACACUCUCGAUUUUGGGUGCAUAGCACAAUUGUCAUUCUGAUAAUUCAACUCAUCUGAAAAUGAUCUCAAUCUUUUUUUAACUUUAGUACAAAUGAACAAAAAAAAUGUGAAAAUCAUAUAAGAUUGACUUUUAUUUUUAGUGUUUUUGAAACUUGCUCAAUAUGGCAGGGAAAGUUACCUAAUAGUAAUUAUAGUAACAAAGUUUUCUAAUUCUAAGAUAUAUAUCAUCAUAUUAAACAAAUGUCGUCGAUUGAAAGAGUACGUCUACAAUGACAUUGCGAAAACACCCAACAACGGUGGUGUCUGGUGCACAAAUUAUGUCGACCUGUAAGGGGAUACAGUCGACCGAUAUAGUGAUUUUCACUUUAUGUGAGAAGUGGGGUUUACAUUGGUUGACCAGUUGCUUCCACAGAUCUACUGAAUUCAAGGGUAAAUACCUACUAUGUACCUCAACAGAACUUCUUUACUUUGAAGGCGACAUGCAAAUGCCAAUAGCAUUUAUCGACAACUUUCAAGUGAGGACGCUUUCCCAGCAUACUUGUUGCUUAUUUCGGUUUGACCACCAUGUUGUGCAAGUCGAUCAAUUUUGAAGAACAAAAUAUCUAGUGCAAU